AUGGAAGCUGAUUGUGUGCUGUCCCCCGAGCCAGGUAGCACGGAGGCCAUCAAAUUCUCCCCCAAGGGCUACCUGCAGCUCAAUGUCAACAUUGCGACCCGGGGUCCCAUCUCUGGUUAUCCCAACCAAAGCCCUAGUGCUAUCCGUAUCGCCGCCGACAUCAUUCGCGAUCUGGACGAGCUAGAGAGUAUUCCUGUUGAAGUCCCCCCUUCAAUUAAGGUGCUACUGGAAGAUGCAGAGUACCGAGAAUGGUAUGAUGGCAUAUACGGAGAAGGAAGCGCUGCAGUGAUCCCCGCUAUUUCAGUAAAUGUUGGCACCAUCGCAGGCGGCAACUCUCCAUCUGUUAUUUCGCCUGAUUGUUUAUUUGAAGCCACUGUUGUCACACCCACUGGUAUGGAUCCGGAGGUGAUCUUCAAGAAGGCAAAAACCAUUGUCGGGCGAUAUCCAGAAGCUCAUAUUGAGUUGGAAGGGGCCGACACGGGGGAUAUAUCAACCACGGAUCGCGAGAUGCCAGUCAUCCUCCAGAACAUUGUCACGAAGCUUGGUUGGCCUAAGCCCAAGCUUGCUCCUGAUAUUGCCAUUUCUGAUCUCCAGUAUUGGAGAUAUCGAGGGAUUCCUGGAUUCUGGUAUGGUCCUGACGGUGAUAAUGUUAGCGCGGUCAACGAAUACGUGGAAAUUGAACAGGUGCUGCACCUUGUUCGUACUUACGUGCUGGCUUCGGCGCAGUAUCUACAGAAAAACAGCCCUUCGUGA